UGAACUUCAUCCCAUCCUUUCUUUCCUUUACAAUGAUAGAGACAGGAAAAUAGUGAUGAGUAACCAAAAUAAAUCCGCCGAAGAAGACAAUUGUGAGUGUUUCACGAGAGCGUCCAACAAGCCCUGUCCUCCAAUUAGAAAUGUGACGCAUCCUCUGCGAUAUUACGAGUUCACACAGGACGAGCUGAAGGCACUUGAGGAGUGCGACAAAGAAAGUUUUUAUCAACGAUGUCUGCCUUUCAGUACAUUGUUUGCAUCCCUAACGUAUGCUGCAAUAAAAUUUGGGUUCACGAAAAGAGAUCCAAAUUUCGGUGUUGUCCCGAAAGUAAUGUUGUCAGCACUAUUGGGUCAUGUUUAUGGGCGAUUGACGUACAUUGCUGAAUGCGACGAGAAGCUUCGUAAGAAACUGCCUGGGUCCAGCCACCUGGGCCGGACAAUGCAAAAUUAUUAUAACGAAAGAAAUCCACCGCCCAAAAUAUAAAAGUCUUCAAGAAAC